AUGAAGAUCGCAGACCGGACAUUCAUCAUCAGCGGAGGAGCAUCAGGCCUCGGUCUGGCCACUGCCCGCGCCCUCCACGAACAAGGCGCCUACGUCUCGCUCCUGGACCUCAACGCCGACAAUGGCACAAAGAUCGUCUCAGAGCUCGGUACACGCUCCAAGUUCUUCGAAACCGACGUUUCAGACACAGAAGCCAUCGCAAAAGCUGUGGCCAGUAGUGUAGCCUGGGUCAAGGAGACAGGAAAGGAGAUUGGAGGUGUGGUUGCAGGCGCUGGCGUUGGUCUACCAGGCUUGAUCGUCGACAAGAAGAAUGAGCCACUGAGCAUAGAAAGCAUCGAUUUUGUGCUGAAUAUCAAUCUUCGGGGAACUUUGGACUUGAUUCGCCAAGUCGUUCCGCACAUGACGACCAACACGCCUUCGAACCCUGACGGCUCCCACGGUGUGAUUAUCAUGAUUGCUUCCUCUGCUGCAUUCGAUGGGCAGAUGGGUCAAGUCGCAUAUGCUGCUUCAAAGGGCGCCGUCGCGAGCCUGACUCUCCCUCUUGCGCGCGAUCUAUCCAAAUACGGUAUUCGAGCUGUAACAAUAGCGCCGAGUAUGUUUGACAGCGCCAUGACGAAAAUGAUGAGCGACAAGGCCAGGAAGAGCCUGCAGAACAGCAUGGAGUUCCCCAAGAGAGCUGGAAAGCCAGAAGAGUUUGCGAGACUGGUGGUCGAGUGUGUGGGCAAUGACAUGUUGAAUGGAACAGUGUUGCGAUUGGACGGUGCCAUGAGAAUGCCCGCAAGGUUGUAA